AUACACACCAACUAGAAGCAAGAUAAGCUCUUUUGUCUGAGCCAAGCAAUUUAAACAGACAUGUAAGUAAAACAGAAACCAAACUAGCAUCACCCAAAAAAAUGGAAACAUGCUCAUUUUCUAUAUCAUCACCACCUUUACAAUCUCCACAAGCAUUUCACAAGUUUAAACACUUGCUCUACUUGACAAAACCCCUACUAAAACAACAAAAAAGAGCACCCUUGUUAGCUAGCUUGAACUCACCAAAAGGGUUUGGACCACCUCCAAGAAAAACCAAGAACCCGAAAAGAGAUCUCAAAAAACAAGAAAACAAAGAUGAAGAAAAUGAGGUUGAGGUUAGGAAAGAAGCUGAUGUAAUACCAGAGAUAGUGACCAAUAGAAUGAUAAAAAGAAUGGGUCUUUCAGUGGGGAUUCCAUUGUUUAUUGGGCUGAUGUUUUUUCCAUUGUUUUAUUAUCUGAAAGUUGGGUUGAAAGUUGAUGUGCCAAGUUGGGUUCCUGUGAUAGUGUCAUUUGUGUUUUUUGGAACAGCCCUUUUGGGAGUGAGCUAUGGGAUUGUUUCAUCAAGCUGGGAUCCAAUGAGAGAAGGUUCGGCUUUGGGUUGGAUUGAAGCUCAGAAGAAUUGGCCUGUUUUUUGGCAAUCACUUAGAGGCCCUGAUUCAAGAAAAAGGUAGAACAUGUUUUGAUCAUUGGAAUUUUGAUGUUUUAUUUUGAUUGAAUAGUUCUGGGUACUACUUUGGAUCCAUGUACUUCAUAGACUUGUGUUCUUAAUGACUUAUGAUGUGAAACCAGAGAUUGUGUUGAUAUGGAAACAGUAUGCAAGCACAUUCUGAUUAUAAUUUACAUCGACAUCUAUAGAGUUGAUUAAGUCCUUUGCA